AUGUUUGUGGGAAUCAAGCAGGAAAAGCCGUUUAUAAGCGUCGAGGGAAGGAAAAGAAGAAUAUCUACAGGCUUCUACAACGUCCUCUGUGUGCUGACCCUGGGAGGGUUCCAUAUGGUGUGCAGAUAUCUACCCAAGGUCAAACAUUUUCUACUCAGUUCGCCCUGCAGCCUUUCUGAUGCAGACUGUGUCAUAGUAACAUCACAGAACGGGAGAAGAGAGUUUGUUGAUGUUCUUGCUUACUCCACGGAGGAGAUUCCCUCGCUCAGAAGGUAUUCGUUGGAAGGGAAGGCCCGUGUGGUUGAUUCCCUGUUUUCUAGACUCAUAUACGAUGUUGUUUCCAGGAGGUUUGUGGUUCCUCCGGAGCAGAAGGCGGUGUUCAGAGACUUUGAGGAGCUUUACAGCACAGAGAUUUCAAAGUCUCCCGAGACGGAAAGGGCAGAAGCCAUACAAAGAAACAUAUUCUACGGAAGGAAUGUCACAAGCCUUCCGAUUCCGGGUGUUUUCGACAUAGUCGUGAAGAACACUCUGAACAUCACGUUUUUAUCGAAUAUAAUAUGUCUGUUUGUAUGGAGGGCCGUUGACUACCACAACUAUGCAUUUGUGAUGGGGAUGCUCAUGCUGUACUCGUUUGUAUUUACGAACUGGGAGGAGAUUUCCCACUCUAUCGGCAUGAAGAAGCUUGUGAAAAGGCGAACGGUUAAAAUACUUCGGGGAGGAAGGUUUGUGGAGGUGGACAGCCGGGAGGUAUAUCCCGGAAACAUAAUUUACAUUGAGCCGUGCAAGGAGUUCCCGUGCGAUGCCCUUGUGAUCAGGGGAGAUGCCAUAACAAAUGAGUGCCUCCUUACCGGAGAGACUGUUCCGAUAUACAAAAAUGCCGACCAGCUUUCUGUUGUGUACUCGGGAACGGAUGUCUUGAAGAGUAUCAGCACCAUACCUAUGUCCACUAACUUAAGAAAUGAGAAUCUCUGCAGAGUCAGGAGCCUUACCAGCAAAAAUAGAUCGAGGGCAGCUGGAAUGGUGGGCUCCAUUGAUGUCCUUGGGAACUCUGCUGUUGGGAUGGUUCUCAGAACAGGGUUCCAGACCACCCGGGGGCAGAUCUUGAAGAAUAUGCUUAAUGCAAAGCCUGUUCACAACAGAUUUAUCAGAGAGGCUGAGAUAAUUAUUCUAGGAAUUGUUAUGGUUGCGAUGGCUGUUGGGAUCGGGAUGGCGUAUGUGCUCAACAAGAUGGGAUUUGAUGCAAGUACGAAUCUUAUGUACAGCCUUGAUCUGUUUUUUACGUUUGCGAAUCCAGCGAUUCCCACGUAUCUAAGGGUCGGGACCCAGCUGUGUUACAAGAAGCUAAUCAAAAAGAACAUCUACUGUAGCAAUCUGAAUAAGAUUCAUCUGGCAGGGAGAAUAGACACGGCGGUGUUUGACAAAACAGGAACGCUAACGUGUGAGGGUCUUGAUCUUCUCUGCAUUGAUGAUCUUAAUAGGCCUGUGGACGAUAUCAACAAAGUUGCCAUGGUAACCAGGCUCGGGUUGAGUACAUGCCAUUUGGUCUACGAGUUGGAUGGAAGGUAUUCCGGAGAUACUCUCGACCUGAAGAUGUUUAUUUUCUCUUCCUCUAAGCUUGUUCAGCACGAAAACACAAGAAGCGUGGUUAUUGGAGGCCAUAAUAGGAUCUACGGGCCCAUCCUGAAAGAGUAUAAUGACAGCGAGGAGAUGGUAUAUUACCAGAAAGACAGGACCCACGGAGGCCGAUUUGCUGAUAUUGAUGGGAAUGCCGAUGAAGAAGAUAAGGAUCUUUCUCCUGUUCUUCUUGAUGUUGACGAAGGCGCCAAGUUCAAUCUGAGCGACGAAUGUGGAGAAGGACAGGACGGCGAGAUCAAUGCAGUGAUUAUGAAGACCUAUGAGUUUGACUCGAACAUCAGGAGGAUGAGUGUAGUGGUGGAUGACGGAGAUAGAAAGUACGUAUUUACAAAGGGGUCUCCCGAGUCGAUUCAGGAGAUUCUAAAGGAGAGGCCACGGGGAUAUGAGGAGAAGGCCAAGGAGUAUUCCUUGGGUGGGUAUAGAGUGAUAUCACUGGCAUACAAGGAAAUAAGUGAAAGCGCCGAUAGAGCUUCCGAUGAGUCUGAGAUGAAGUUUCUUGCCCUUAUAGUGUUCUCGAACAAGCUCAAGGAAAACUCAAGAAGAACUGUUGAUGAGCUCAAUAAGGCGAAUAUAAGGAACAUCAUGUGCACCGGGGACAACAUACUGACGGCUAUAUCUGUGGGGAAGGAGUGCAGGAUUGUGGAAGAGUUUGUUCCUGUGAUAUUCCCCGUUCUUGAGGAAAAUGCGAAGUCCAUUUUCGAUGUUGACUGGCUCUGUGUUGGGGACGAGGAGGAGUUUACCUUUGAUAAGGUAAGGCUAAGUCUGUACAGGGGAAAUGACAGGGUCUCUAACAACGAGUUUGUUGUUGCAUGCGAAGGAAGGGAGUUUGACUUCUUCAGGAAUACCCACUAUUUUGAGUUUAUUCUUGAGAAGGGGGCCAUAUUUGCUAGAUUCAAUCCCGGACAAAAGAAGGCCCUCAUAGAAAAUCUUAGGGCUAGUGGGAAGAUCACGAUGUUCUGCGGGGACGGUGCAAACGAUAGCGGGGCUCUCAGCAGUGCUGAUGUUGGCCUGGCCUUGGGACAGAAUGAGGCCAGCCUGGCAGCCAACUUUACCUCCUCUGAAAUAAGUUCUGUUCUAGACCUGAUCAAGGAAGGGCGAUCGGCCUUUGUGACAUCCACGGCCACGUUUAAAUAUGUUGUCUCCUACUGCGCCAUUGCAUAUGUGGUGCUUGUCUUCCUUGUUCUCAGAAAGAAGUUUCUAAGUGACCUGCAGACGAUACAUGGAGACCUGCUCGUCUCGAUUCCUAUCGCAUACAUGCUAACAUGCUUUGACGCAUCUGAUAAGCUGUUUCCAAGCCCCCCAGACACAUUCCUGCUUCCCAAAAAGGACUUUGUGCCCUUCUGCCUGACCAUAGCCCUCGAGUGUUUGGUCCUCUGGAUUCUGUCUCUGUAUGGCGAGCCCUGCCCUGAGAUAAGUACUCAAUCUAUCACGGCUGAGCUCAUGUUUUUUGUCAGUACGUUCAUCUACAUUUUCAAUGCCUUGUAUCUGAGUGAUUGCUCUCCGCAUAGACAGAGCCUAAAAGAUAACGUGCUGUUUAAGACUUUCAUUUCUUUCAUGAUCUUGUCAACUAUAGCUUUUUUGAUGGUAGUGUAUCUCUUUCCGGAGUGGACGUUUCUGUGGUUGCGGGGAUACAAUUUUGUAGAGACCGAUGGGUUUGAGAUAGGACUGGUUCUCAUUUCUGCCUUCUCUGUUACUAUUGCAGUGUUUGUGGUCCAGCCCUUGGUGGGCAGAAUGCUUGGCGAUAAGAGUAUGCAAGACAUGGUCCCUAGCAAGCCUGAAGAAAAGAUAUAA